AUGUCAUUGAGUAACUGCUAUAUUGAAUCAAUGCGAUUAGAUAUAAACCCUUUUUCGAGAAAUAUAACAACGUACUAUGAUAACAUAUGGGAAAUCCGUUUAGAUAACAUUUUAUCUGACAAGUCGUCUACAUCUAUGGUCUCUUCGUUAUCACUUGAACCAUUAGAGAUAUUGUUUGAGAAUCGAUCUACUAAAAAUGAAAGUAUUGAUUGUAGUGACGACACCGAUACAGUUAAUGAUCUGUAUGAUAAACGCUUUUACUCCAAGUUAUAUGAUACAACAAAAUUAAGUCCAAAUAUAUCGUUAACAGCUAUUCAUAGUCAUCUUGCUGCUAUUAAAAAGAAAGAUAGCGUUGAGAUGAGUAUCAAGAGAAAAUCAAAGGGUAAAAGAAAUAAUAAGGACAGAAAAAAGAAAAGUAUUCUUCAAAAGAGUCAAGUCUCUUUGUUUUUUCAAAGACAAAAAAAAAUUCGUUCAAUGAAGCAAAAUAUUGAUGAAACUAAUAAUACAGUUGGAUUUGGCUUUUUCGCGGGGGAUGUUGAUAAAAGGCAUGAAGCCUGUGCUAUUGAUGGGAUAAAUUAUUCUACAUCAAUGAAAUCACACAAAGAUUGUGUUUGUCGGUCAUUUGCAAUAUGUAGAAGCCCUUUGAGACAAGAAAUCCGAUAA